GAGCUGCCUCCUCCCAUCCUGGACCCGGGCUGCCUGCAAGGCUCUUUAAAUUGCCGGUUGGCACAGCCCUGCACACAGACUUCAUCAGCAUGGCACGAAGCAUCCUCCUGCUGGGGCUCCUCGCCCUGUGGGUGCAGCUGCAGGCAGCACCCAUUGCAGAGUUCCAUGGAGUAGCUCCAGCUGGGUGGCCACCACCACCAGGGCAGCUGGGAAGUGUCCUGAGCCUUGAGGCUGGGAAAGAGCCCAGCAUGAUGCCUGGCAAUGAUGAUGGUAAUGGUGACAAUGACAACAACAGCUCCAAUGGCAGGUGUUGUGACUCCAGUAGCCAUGAAACUGGUGACUCCAAUAGCCAUGAAACCGGUGAUGGUGGCAACAAUGCCAAUGGCUACGGUGAUGAUGGCAAUAAAAAUCAGCUGUGUGAUGGCAGUGACCAUGAUCAUGGUGACAACGACAGUGGUCAUGGUGAUGGUGAUGGUGAUGGUGCUGAUGGUGUCAACGGUGACAAUUCCAAUAGCAAUGAAGAUGGUACUGAUGGGGAUAAAAAUAAAAAUGACCUUUCUGAUGGGAAGGGCAAUGACAACGAUAAGGGUGACAAUGACAGUGAUGAUGGUGAUGAUGGUGAUGAUGGUGAUGAUGGUGACGAUGAUGAUCAUCAUGAUGAUGAUGACGAUGAUGGUGAUGAUGAUGAUGAUGAUGGUGGUUAUGAUGGUGAUGAUGGCAAUGAUGAUGGUGAUGAUAGCAUCAAUGAUGAAAAUUCCAAUAGCAAUGAAGAUGGUGAUGAUGGCAUCAGUGAUGAAAAUUCCAAUAACAUUGAAGAGGAUGAUGAUGAUGACAUCAACAGUGACAGUUCCAAUAGCAGUGAAGAUGGUGACUCCAGUGACAAUGAAUAUGAUCUCUCCGAUAGCAAUGAAAAUGGUGGUGAUUAUGGGAGGUGGAGAUUUUAGAUUGUAAAGGUGUAAUUGCCCUGGGAUUUUCAGAGAUUUUUGGAUUCCUCUUUUGUGGCACACAGCUCAGGCUACCAGAUUUCACAAUUGAUCUGUGCCAAUAAAUGUAUCUAGUGAACAUGA